AUGCCACCAGUGCCAAUUUAUGUCAAAGGUGGUAUUUGGUCCAACAUCGAGGACCAGAUUCUGAAAGCGGCGAUAGAGAAGUAUGGUACACACCAGUGGAGCAAAAUAGCAUCGCUUCUGCAGAAAAAAACGGCCCGACAGUGUGAACUGCGAUGGAACGAAUAUUUGAACCCCAGUCUCAAUUUUACACCUUUCUCCAAAGACGAAGACGCUCAGCUACUUGACCUAGUAAGAAGGCUGCCUAAUCAAUGGAGGACCAUCUCAGAUGCUAUGGGUCGCACACCUCAAAUUUGUGUCGACCGUUACAAUGUGCUUUUACAAGGCACUGAUUCCGACGUCAAGCUCGGAACUUCAUUAGAUCUGGAGGUAGGAGAUAUUGAUCUCAACGCAGAAAGCAGACCUGCAAGACCAGAUCCUGUGGACUUGGAGUCGAUGGACAAAGAGAUGCUCGCGGAAGCACGCGCGAGGCUUCUAAACACACAAGGUAAAAAGGCUACUAGAAAAAUACGAGAACGCAUGCUAGAGGAGAGCAAAAGAGUAGCUCAGCUGCAGAAAAGGCGUGAAUUGAAACAGGCCGGUAUAGAUUCCAAAAUAAGGGCUCCUCGAAAGAAAUAUUCAACGGAAAUUGACUACAACGCGGACGUCGUGUAUGAAAGAGAGCCUGAAAGCGGACCCUACGACACUACGCAAGAGGAUGAACGGGCCGCACGGGCAAUUAAAAAUUUCGAAAAAUCUGUGGAGCGGAAAGGUCUGCGAGAGAACGAACGAGGCGCUAAAGCAAAAAGGAAGAGGGCCCAAGAGGAGAAUCCAAGUGUGGUUGGUCAAUCCAGCGUUCUCACAGACGACUUCAAGAAACCCAAAUUAAGCCUGCCGCUUGAAAGCUCCAUCGAUAGUGUACGAAAAACUAAAACGGCAUCGAAACGCUCCAAACGUAGCAUUCUCAGAUUAUUUGAAAGUCUUCCUGAGCCUACGAACGACUUCGAGAUUGAAUUAGAGGAUGAAUUCGACGACAAUGAUGACGAAACUAAUAAAGGUGGUAGUGAUGAGCAUGUGAUUUCUGAGACGCAAGGAGCGAUCUAUGAAGAUAGUGCAGAUGGUGUGAAAACCAGUGUUGAUCAUUCUUCUCGUUCAUCGAGCAAAUUAGACCCCUAUCGCUUUUUGAAGACCACAUUGCCACUCCCAAGCUUGAUCUCUGCUCCUUCCGAUCUGGUAGAAGUUGAAUUCAAUAAGCUGCUGACAUUUGCUGCCGCGUCAAAUAGUGCUCCUGUGGAGAAUGCCGUGUUCGAAAGCACUAAACUUAAAUUGGAGCUAACUCUUUCCGGCCUAAUACCCACCAAAGAUAUACAGCAAAGGCUGAAUACAGAGUACGCUGAAAGGGUCAAAAAACUGCUCGAGUCUGCAACUUAUUCGGCGGGACCGAAUGCGGACAAAAUUAUUGAGCUCAAGUCAAGGGUGCACGGUUUACAAAAGGCGGUUGACGAAGUGGAAUUUUUCAGGAACAAGAACCAGGUAAGUAAUGAAAUGGUUUUUUCUGACCUUUUGCCCAAGAUUGUCGAGUUUCGUCAUACUUACUCACUGAACUAUAAAAAGUAUCAAAACGAGUACUAUGCAUGUCAGACCAGGCGGCAGAGGCUGCAAGAGCAUCUCUACGAAGCUGGUGCCGAACAAAGGCGAUAA